UUUCCGACACCGCACCCCAGGCAGGUCCAGCCGAAGCCCCCCGAGCGCUCCCGCCUCCCCGUCGCGGAGCGAGAGCCCUUCGCCCCGCAUUCGGAGACCGAGGUAAGGGAUGGCUUCAGUGACUGAUGGUAAAACUGGGGUCAAAGACGCCUCUGACCAGAAUUUUGAUUAUAUGUUCAAACUGCUCAUCAUUGGCAACAGCAGCGUUGGCAAGACCUCCUUCCUCUUCCGCUAUGCCGAUGACACCUUCACCCCAGCCUUUGUCAGCACCGUGGGCAUCGACUUCAAGGUGAAGACAGUCUACCGUCACGAGAAACGAGUGAAGCUGCAGAUAUGGGACACUGCUGGGCAGGAGCGGUACCGGACCAUCACGACGGCCUAUUACCGUGGGGCCAUGGGCUUCAUUCUGAUGUACGAUAUCACCAACGAGGAGUCUUUCAAUGCUGUCCAAGAUUGGGCUACUCAGAUAAAGACCUACUCCUGGGACAACGCCCAGGUUAUUCUUGUGGGGAACAAGUGUGACAUGGAGGAAGAGAGGGUUGUUCCUACUGAGAAGGGCCAGCUGCUUGCAGAACAGCUUGGGUUUGACUUCUUUGAAGCCAGUGCCAAGGAGAAUAUCAGCGUGAGGCAGGCCUUUGAGUGCCUGGUAGAUGCCAUUUGCGACAAGAUGUCAGAUUCUCUGGACACAGACCCCUCCAUGCUGGGCACCUCCAAGAACACGCGCCUGUCGGACGCCCCGCCACUGUUGCAACAGAACUGCUCAUGCUAGGCAAGGCCCACCCUCCUCACAUCCCCUCCUGUGACCCCACACCUGCUCUGCCCCUCCUGGUUCCACACUGUGCACUCCCAGCCCCGAGUAAGCUCAGCUGCUGCUGUUCUUGGCCUGCCCCCAGGGUAUGCUGCAGAUGGCCCCAUCACAGACCCCCAGCCCUAGCCUGGCAGUGCGGGUCCGGGUCCGCAGUGGGUGGAGAUUCGCCUCACAAAAUAACACUUUCUAUUUUUCAAACGGGAUUCACUGCUGGGACUUGAAAAGCUGGUCUCUUUUCUGCCUUUAAAAUAAAAUUUCCUCCAUCUAUCAAAAUUUCAU